UUGUUGUCACAAGUUAUUAAGAUGAUAACUUAAAGUAUGACCUCUUCAAACUACGUUAAUCAAUAAUACAAAAAUAUAUUUUGUACAUAAAUGAGAUAUGUGUAGUCAUUUUUGUUAAAAUUGUAAUUAUUAAAAAUAAAAAAUAAAACGUUUACUUACAAAAACAAAAGUUGUGAUGUACACAGUAUUGCGUGAUUUUGUCUUCUAUGUUGGUACUUUAUGUCGUGAUAAAUGGCAACACUGGCGUUAUGCAUUUAUGUCCAGUUGAAGAAGACACAUUUUAAGCUCAAAGGCGCUCAUUUAUUUCGAAACGCUUGCCUGCUAUUAAAGUGCUGAAUAUUUUUGGCUGAAAAAUGUUUUAGGUGUUCUCCUAAAAACUCGUAAAUCACCGGUCUACUAAAAUGAAAAGAAUAUGUGUCCUACUGAUGUGCUUCUGGACAACAGCAUACAGCCAAAAUGGAGAUUCAAAUGAAAAAUCAGUGGGUAGAAAAUUAUGUCCACCAAUGGAAAACGUACCGCAGCCCAUUAAUCGAGUCAACACGUCUGCUAUCCUUCAUGAGUUGAGAAAUGAAAUGAAAAAAAGAAAUGCACACCAUGGACCUCCAAUCGAUGCGUAUAUCGUUCCAGAUACGGACGAACAUCAAAACGAAGAAGUGGCGGACCACGACAAAAGGCUGAAAUACCUGUCGGGAUUCAGUGGCACUGGCGGAGUGGCCGUAGUAACACAGACCAAAGCGGUUUUCUGGACUGUGUGGAUGUACCACAAACAGGCGGACGAAGAGCUGUCUUGCGACUGGCAGCUGUUGGUCCACGGAGAAUCGAAAAGGCUGGAUGAAUGGUUGUUGGAUGAGUUCAAGCCUAAUUCCAGGGUGGGCGCUGAUCUUAAGCUCAUCUCGAAUGGUGACUGGGAGUUCUUGUUUCACGCGCUGGCAAACGAGUCCAUUAGCCUAGUGCCCAUCAACAACAACAUAAUCGAUAUGAUAUGGAUUGACAACCGGCCCGAUAAUCCGACGCGUGAAGCUUACGUCUGGCCGCUGGAAUACGCAGGUAAGAGAUGGGAAGACAAAUUGGACGCGACCCGCGAUAAAAUCAAAGCCCUUGGGUGCGACGCGAUGAUUGUGACGGCUCUGGACGAAAUUGCGUGGCUGCUGAACAUUCGCGGCCACGACAUACCUUAUGGUCCUUUCUUAAAGUCGUACGUCAUCGUCAGCAAGGAUCAACUACACCUGUACACCGAUUCCGUGAAGCUCAGUCCGGACAUUCGGAGACAUCUGCACACGGACAACUGUAUUUCAGCCCAUUGCGCCAGGCUCCACGAUUACGAAGCCAUAUGGAUUGACCUGAGGACGCUAUCGCAAAUUUGGCAAAAAGUGCUAAUACCGUCUGCCACGGAGUUCAACAACGGGGCUAGCAGAUGCAUUUACAUUUUGAUCAAUACCGAAAAGAGAAAGCAAGCUCCUUCGCCAAUCAUGUACAUGAUGGCAGAAAAGAAUUCCGUUGAAAAGGAAGGAAUGCGACUCUCGCACAUUAGAGAUUCGGCGGCUAUGUGUAAUAUAUUGGCCAAGCUUAGCGAACAGUUUAAAAACGGACAGCAACUCACCGAACUUGCAGUGGCCAAUAUGGUGGACAAGUACAGAGACGAACAAACCCUCAGUCGAGGCGCGAGUUUCAGAUCCAUUGUAGGGUACGGGCCCAACGGGGCUAUACCUCAUUAUACACCUUCAAUAUCGAGCAGCUUGAAACUUGAUCACCUUAGCACAUUGGUAAUUGACAGCGGUGCACAUUAUUGGGGUAAGUCCAACAUAAUAAGCGAUAUUAUACUUUUGUUAAACACCCGUUGCCAAUUUAAAAUGUGAUCAAACUAUUAUAGGUACAAUAAGGUUAGUCCUAUUGAAUCUAA